CGUCCUCCUCUCCUCUGGAGCGGAUCCUCUCUCUAACUUUUCACAGUCCGCUGCCCCGAACAGGACUCUGCGGUCAUGGCCGGCACUCUGCCCCAGCACGGCUCUCCGAACUCCGGCUACAGCGCCAACAACGCCGCGGUGGUGCCGGCUAUCACCCAGACGGACUCCAGAGACAAAUGGAGCAAGAAGAUGGACUUUCUCUUGUCUGUCAUCGGAUUCGCGGUGGAUUUGGGCAACGUUUGGAGAUUUCCUUACAUUUGCUAUCAAAACGGUGGCGGUGCUUUCCUCAUCCCCUACAUUUUGAUGGCGAUCUUUGGUGGUGUGCCGCUGUUUUACAUGGAGCUGGCUCUCGGGCAGUUCCACCGAACCGGAGCCAUAUCCAUAUGGAAACACAUCUGUCCCAUUUUCAAAGGAAUAGGAUAUGCCAUCUGUGUCAUUGCUCUGUACGUGUCCUUCUACUACAACACCAUCAUCGCCUGGGCCCUGUUCUACUUCUACUCCUCCUUCUCCAGCAUCCUCCCCUGGACAAACUGCGAUAACGUCUGGAACACCCCCGACUGCACCAACUACUUUGGCGUGGACAAUGUGACUUGGACAAAUUCCUCCAGGUCUCCAGCAGAGGAAUUUUACACGAGGAACGUUCUUGAAAUCCACAAGUCGUCAGGUCUGAGAGAUGUCGGGGGUGUUCGCUGGCAGCUGAUGCUCUGCCUCUUUCUUAUCUUCACUAUAGUUUACUUCAGCCUCUGGAAGGGUGUGCGGACCUCAGGGAAGGUUGUGUGGGUCACCGCCACCUUGCCUUACAUUGUGCUUUUCAUCCUGCUGAUUCGAGGUGCAACUCUGCCAGGAGCCUGGAGAGGUGUGGUGUUUUAUCUGAAACCACAGUGGGACAAGCUGCUGGAGACCAGUGUGUGGGUGGACGCUGCUGCUCAGAUCUUCUUCUCUCUGGGUCCCGGGUUCGGCGUUCUCUUGGCUCUUUCCAGCUACAACCCUUUUACAAAUAACUGCUAUCGUGACGCCAUUGUGACCAGUUUGGUGAACUGCCUGACCAGCUUUGUGUCAGGCUUUGUAAUCUUCACGGUGCUGGGCUACAUGGCAGAGAUGAGGAAGGUUGAGGUCGAGGAUGUGGCCAAAGACAAAGGGCCAAGUCUACUUUUCAUCACAUACCCAGAAGCAAUUGCAAACAUGAUGGGGUCCACUUUCUUUGCUAUAAUUUUUUUUGUGAUGAUGAUCACACUGGGACUCGACAGUACGUUUGGAGGGCUAGAGGCAAUCAUCACUGCUGUGCUGGAUGAGUACCCAGAUUACUUCUCUCACAGACGUGAGCUUUUUGUCCUGUGCUUGGUGGUCGUCUGUUUCCUGGGUUCUCUGAGCACGCUCACAAAUGGUGGCGCCUAUGUGGUGAAGCUGCUGGAGGAGUUUGGAGUGGGAUGCUCCAUCAUUGCUGUGGGUUUCCUUGAAGCUAUUGCAGUUUCCUGGUUCUAUGGGAUUAAAAGAUUUAGCAACGAUGUUCAGGCGAUGCUCGGCCAAGCCCCAGGAUUGUUCUGGAGAGUGUGCUGGGUUGCUAUAAGUCCUGCGUUUCUGGCAUACAUCAUAGUGAGCUCUCUGUUGAAAGCACCUCCCCUCACGCUGUUCGACUACAAGUAUCCAGACUGGAGCAUCACAGUCGGCUACGUCAUCAGCUUCUCCUCCUUCAUGUGGAUCCCCAUGUACAUGGUCUACAAGUUGGUGUGGACCCCUGGCUCUCUCAAACAGAGGCUGGCUGUGUGUCUGAGACCGGAGAGGACCAUCCCAGACGUCCAUGCAGACAGUCUCAACAUGGCCGCCGUGUCGCAGAAAGACAUGAACACCUCUGUGUGCUUGUGAACUCCUCUUUAAUUAAACCACAGUUUCAAGUAAUUUGUGAUUGAACCCCAACGUGACCUGUCAUCAUGACUGUUCUCCUGGUGGUGACGUUGAACACGUCGGAUGGCUUUUUCACAGCAGACUGGCGGAAAGUUGAAUGCUGCUACAUUUGAGGAUCUAAGAUAGCAAUAGCUAUAUCUUUACUUUGUGUGAGUCAGACCUGCAUCACCUGCACAGUCCACAGCUCUGUAAUAUGGCUAUUUUCUCAUGUGAUACUAGUUUGUUGUAUGCUCUGUGGUUUGUUUUAAUAUUAAUGCAGGUGCAUCUCAACAAGAAUAAUCAGAGAAUAUUGAAAAGUUACCUUAUUUCAGAAAUUAAAAAGUGAGUUCAUAAAUAGAUUUAUUACACGGAAAGUGAGAUAUUUUAAGUGUUUGUUUCUCUUUUAUUUGAGGAUGAUGGCUUGGAAAUCCUUUUGUGGUUCUAUAUAACAUAGAACCACAAAAGGAUUUUACUUCAUUAAUUCUGGCUUACCAAAACGUAUGCCCAUAAACUGUACUAAAUAUGCUCUCAGCACUUAGUCCCUUUGCAUAAAUUAUUACAUCAAUGCAGAGAUGAGAUCAGAAUGUGGCUCUGCUACAGUGUUAUAGACACCCAAGCUGCCUUAGCAGCUGCAAAUUGAAGCAUGAAGUUCUCUAAAAUGUCCUGGUAAAUGGCUGUGCUACCUACAGGCAUCAGUGCACCAACACCUGCAGAUGACAUGUUUCUUCAAACCAUUACUGGCUGUGGAAACUUCCCACCAAACUUCAAGCCGCUUAGAUUCUGAAAGAGUAGAAAGGCACAUAAUCUGAGAGCUUGAUUUCCAAAUGAAGACGUCUCUGAUCAAAAGACCGCCAGAGUCUAUGUCCUGGAUGUAUCUAUGCGUGGUGGCUCCUGAAGCUUUGACUAGUGCAACUCUGACUACUGCAGUUUUUCCUUUCUCUUAACUUUCCAUUGACAUAUACAGGACUUUAUUACCAGCCAGCUUCUCUAUAAACCCAUUUUUGUAGCAUUUUCUCCUUGUGGAAAGAGUGAAAUACUGUUUGCUGAACACUUGUCAAGUUAGCCAACUUUGCCACUGCUGUGUGUGUCAUAACAUAAUAUUUCUGUGUUAACACUCAUACUGUAAUUAAACUUGUGUGACAUUUUAAUUUUAUGAGAAGCAGAUGUUUGGAUUUUGUUUAGUUGUAAGCCAUGAUCAUUAAAACAUACCACUGUGUAUGUAUCAAAUAUGUAAGAUAUUACUGAAGAUUUAAUUCCUUGUCAUGCACUCAUAUUAGAGUUUGCCAAGGAGUGUAACAUUUAGAUUGUAAUUAUAAUAUUUAUUUAAUUAGGAAGCACUUUCUCCACUAUUUACUUGUUUGAUGGCAUUAUUUUCCAACAGAGGGAUUUAGAUUUGAUCACCUCUUGGGCCAAAUGUUGCAUUUACUUUUAGGUUCCCUGCAACAAAGCCCAAAACAGGUUGACAGGUAUUUAUAGUUUUUACCACAUCGUUGUAUUUUAUGAUCUGGCUCUGAAGUAUAAUAAUUUAUUAGGAAGGACUGCUGCUGAAUUAAUCCUAAAAAAAGGUGUAUUACCCUGUUAAAUCACACAAAAUGUAACCGAACAACACAGAAAUCAGAAAAAUAUGAAAUUAUACCAUUGUCUCACUUUAAAAGCAGGAAUCCUCUCUGGUGAUAGUACGUGUGAAAAUGUUUCUAAUUAAUUUCUAAUCUAAUUUUUCAGAUGACAUUCAUAUUUUUAAAAAAACAAGUUUCCUAAUAAUGUCCUUUGACUCUCGUUGGACUGUUUUGCCUUAAGUUGAACAUGUGUGCAAAAACUGUAAAGGUGGUAACAAUAUUGUGCCUCUCCAUAAGAAGUUUUUACUCUAAAGACUGUUCAGAUAUUUAUCAGAACAUAUAUUAUGUUUUAGUCACAAGUGUUAUUUUAAAUGCAUUAUUCAGAGACUUUUGUGAUGAUUGUUGUGUCCUCCCUGACAUGGUUUCUGCAAAAUGUGCAUAAAGUGAU